AGGCUGUAGUCUCCAUCACUCUUCAAACCAUUCGCGAUCUACUUGUUAAAGAAGUUCAAUUCUACAGUGGAGUUAGAUCCCAGGUAGAGCAAAUCCAGCAAGAGCUUCAACUGAUGAGAUCUUUCUUAAAAGACGCGGAUGCACAGCAAGAUGCGGAUGAACGUCUACAAACGUGGAUUGCACAAGUUCGAGAAGCAGCUUAUGAUAUAGAGGAUAAUAUCCUUGUAUUUGUUGCUGUCAAAAAUGCGUCCAGAAGGUACAGAAACUCGAAAAACUUGUUGAAAAAACUGGGUUGCUUUUUUAGAGAAAUUAUCACAACUCACAAGGUGGGCUCUCAGAUUUCUGAUAUUAAGAAUAAGAUAAUUAGUCUCACUACGAGUUUACAGACUUAUGGGAUAAAACCCAUAAAUAAUCAAGGAGAAAAUCCGGGAUUUGAUGGUGCAAGAAUGCGGGAUCUCAGGAGGUCUUAUUCUCAUGUUAUCGAGGAAGACUUUGUGGGACUACAAGGAGAUAUUAAAAUGUUGGUUGCACAUUUGAUUGAUGAACAUAAGGAUAGGGUUAUUUCAAUUUAUGGAAUGGGAGGUUUGGGGAAGACAACGAUAGCUAGAAAAGUGUAUGGCAAUAGAGAUGUUCGACGUCAUUUUGAUGGAUUUGCUUGGAAUUGUGUAUCCCAACGAUGGGAUAAAAAGGAUAUUUUACAAGGGAUUUUGAUAAAACUGAUUCCUGAGAAUAGGGAUGAGAUUUUGGGUAUGAGGGAUGAGGAAUUGGUUAGGAAACUGCAUGAUGUUCAGUUGAAGAAGAAGUGUCUGGUAGUUCUUGAUGAUAUUUGGUCGAUUCAAGCUUGGGAUAGCCUUAAGUCGGCUUUUCCAAAUACUACUGGUGCAGGUAGCAAAAUAUUGCUCACGACACGGAAUAGAGAAGUUGCUUCUUUUGUGUAUCCGAGUGGAUUUCUUUAUGAGCCCAGGGUUUUGAGCAACGAGGAGAGUUGGGAAUUGCUAAGGAAGAAGGCAUUUCCAAGAAGACAAGAUAUCGCCGUUUCCAAGUGGGGUGCGCAUCUUUGUAACGACUACUCCUAAUAAGUUCCUCGAGGUAUUAUUAGCACAUCGGGAACCCUUGAAUCAAUGGCGAGAAUUUCUCAAAGUGCUAAGCUCUCAAACUAAUAUUUAACCUAGUGAUGUUGAACUCGAUAAAGUCGUAAGGAUCCACCUGUCUUUUCACAACUGUUGUCCGACGCCAUGUGUUUCUAAUUUAGUUACUUCAGGAGCCAUUUAGCUUUUUCUAUUAGUCACUCCCAUCCAUG